CUGAGAGACAGACAGAUGGAUUCUGUGUCUCUUUUCUUUUUUCCUUCCUGCAGCUGAAACUUUCCCACAUGAAACACUUGGACCAUAAAAGGACACACAGACCCGUGACCCGCUCCCGCAGCCGCACUUUCGCCCGAGGAGGAGCUCUGCGGGCCGGCAGCGGGCUGUCAGAGUGACCGCCCCGGAGACACGGAGCUGACCCGCGCCUCCACCUGCUCCACCUGCUGCAGCUGCGCCAGCCAUGGGCUUUAACCUCACACAGCACCUCGGAUUCUUACGGAUUUUUACCGGCAAUUACUCGGAUGUUUUAACCAUUAAGACACUGCCGCUGUUUCUGCGCCAAAAUCUGCCUCAAUAAGAGCGCGCGCACACUUUCACUGGUUUUAAUUAAAUAUUCAUGUUUUUAAUGUAAAAUAUAAAAACCCGUAAACAACCCGUGUUUGUACCCGGACCUCCUUCAGCAUGAGUCUGUGGACCAACGGCUCCUCUGCGGAUCUUUACCCCGGGACUCAGCCGCCGCUGCCGGGCACCAACUCCUCCUCCAACCGCACCGACGGCUCCCCGCAGCACCACGCCGCCCCGCUGGACCUGAGCCGGGCGGUGCCGGUGGGCAUGGUGCUGGCCUUCUUCAUCAUGUUCGCCAUCGUGGGGAACAUCCUCGUCAUCCUGUCGGUGGUUUGUAACCGACACCUGCGGAUCCCGACCAACUACUUCAUCAUCAACCUGGCUAUCGCGGACCUGCUGCUGGGGACCACCGUGCUGCCGGUGUCCGCCACGCUGGAGGUUCUGGAUUACUGGGUGUUUGGUCGGAUCUUCUGUGACAUCUGGGCGGCGGUGGACGUCCUCUGCUGCACGGCGUCCAUCAUGUCCCUGUGCGUCAUCUCCAUCGAUCGAUACAUCGGCGUCCGCUACCCCCUGCAGUACCCGAUGAUUGUCACUGAGAAGCGGGCGCUGCUCGCCAUGCUGGGCGUCUGGGUCCUCUCCAUUGUCAUUUCCAUCGGCCCACUGCUGGGCUGGAAGCAGCCUCCGUCACAGGACGACACAGUCUGUCUCAUCACUGAGGAACCCUUCUACGCCCUGUUCUCGUCGCUCGGUUCCUUCUACAUCCCCACGGCCGUCAUCCUCGCCAUGUACUUCCGCGUCUACAUCGUGGCCAAACGCACCACCAAGAACCUGGAGGCCGGCGUGAUGAAGGAGCGCCAAGAGGACUCCAACGAGCUCACCCUGAGGAUCCACUGCAGGAACCAGAACGAUCUGUGCCCCACCCCCAAGGCCGGAGGGGGCGGGGCCUCUGCCGCACGCAGCACACUCACUGUCAAACUGCUCAAGUUCUCCAGAGAGAAGAAGGCUGCCAAGACGCUGGGCGUGGUGGUGGGCAUGUUCAUCCUCUGCUGGCUGCCGUUCUUCCUGGCUCUGCCCAUCGGUUCCUUCAACAGCAGCCUUCGUCCUCCUGAAACUUUCUUUAAAGUCAUUUUCUGGUUGGGAUACUUCAACAGCUGUCUGAACCCCAUCAUCUACCCCUGCUACAGCCGCGAGUUCAAACAGGCGUUCAUCCGGAUCCUUCGCUGUCAAUGGAAGAGGAAGCGUCAGGGCUGGCAGGCAUACUAUAACUACCGCUGUCAUCAGGGUUCCAACACCUCGUCCUUCCUAAACGGCAGCCAGCAGACACUGUCCUCCAUCAGUCCCAGCCCACGCUGCGUUGCCUCUAGACUCCGCCCCCCGCCGUGGCCCUCCUCCUCUGCCCGAGAACGGCUUCCUGGGCAGACAGGAGGGGGGCAGCCGAGCCCCGUGUCCCCACUUGCUAAAGAUCCAGGGAUGCUGUCGCGGGGCACCGCGGGGCGAGGGACGGCAGCUAACGGGCGGAGUUUAAAUAAACACUAACUGACACACCUGUGGCCUCAGGUGGCCACCCUGACAUUGACAGGAAGUUGCUUUUAAAUACAUACAGGUGUCACUGCUGACAUCAAGAAACACUCUGUUCACUCUCUGAGGUGUUGUUCAUGUAUGACGACAGCGCUGGUCAGGUGGAUUUGACUCAAUAACUCACCUGAAACACGGAGGAGAAAAACAUCACCUGAAGGUUUUGGACAUUUUAGAGCCUGUUUUUCACUGCGUGAUGGCCCCGCCCACAUCACAAGGUUUUACCUCGACUGCACACGUGCAACACAUCACACCAAAAUUAGUCUCACCCCGCAUAUAAAAUACAAAACUAUUAACUUCCAUCAACACAGCUAAAUUCAGUUUAUAAUAAACCAAAUUAUUUCUUUCUGCAAGCGUGUCAAAAAAACUCAGAAUUUUCUUGAUAUUUUUUUAUGCUGUCCUGAAAUAAGAUCUUAAAUUUAAAAUCAACUUAAUUAAAAAAAAAAAAAAAAAAAAAGAAAAAUAGUUCAAAG